AUGCGUCUCGGUUCUCAUGACUAUGUCCAGACCCUUAAGGGUCAGACAUUGACUUUCCCAGAUAUUGAUGGCCUGUUCAAAGAUUGGCCCGUCGGAUUUAACCCCCACUACGAGAUCCUUAGACAAGUUCAGAAUGCCGAACUCCUCAAGUUACUUGGGCCAGGUCAAAGAUAUGAAGCCCUCGUGGCCGUGGAUUGUGCUUUCCACGCCGCGUCUUGGUGGCCUACUGCAACCUUUGAUUCUCUUCGAGUCGUUUCAGCUCUUGUGGCAUUUCUCUACGUCUGGGAUAACGAAAUAGAUAGCCCUGAGUUUAGUGACCUCAGUUCGAAUUUGGAUGCUGGUGAACAGUUCCGGGAAAGAACCAUCGCCCACAUCAAAACCUACCUCGGGGACAACCUUCCCGAGUCUGGUAUCCGGUCUGAAAAAGUCGAGACGGCCAUCGCAAGUUUCAAUCCAGUUGGAGAGACAGCUGGAUUUCGGCUUCCCAAGAACCAGAGGCAGCUAUUCAUGGAAGAAAAUAUUCGGUUCGUUGUCGCGACUGGCUACGAGCAGCGAGUCGAGUUGAGAGGCAAGGCCCCAACGAUCGAGGAGUACAUGCAUAUUCGCAUGGGAACUAGCGGCGUUGCAACCUUAUCGGUGCUCACAGAAUAUAUGAUGCAAAUCGACCUGGGGGACGAAAUUAGAAACGACCCGGACAUCCAAGCUAUACACGACCAGAGCAACUGCAUUGUAUCCCUUGUGAACGAUAUAUUCUCACUUAGAAAGGAACUUAUGUUCCCAUUCUACUGCAAUGCCGUCGCAGUUUUAUAUCACAAGCACCGGAACCUCCAAAUGGCGGUGAACAAGACCUAUCAGAUGAUAAUUUCAAGCGUUUAUAGUCUCGACGAUGCUGGUACAAGAUUGCUUGCACGGUAUCCAGACCGGCGCAGUGACCUGGAAGCCUUUAUCUACGCCGCUAAAACGAUGUGUACCGGGAAUAUUACCUGGAGCAGGAUGACCCAGCGGUACAAGCUUGGUGUGGAUAAAUUCGACGGUACUACCAGUAUCACUUUGUGA